AUGAAUAAAUAUACAUUAAAUUUCAAAGAUAAAGAGAUUGAAUCUAGCUAUCAAAAUAUAACUUAACAAGGUUUUAGAAUGUUCACUCUUAAUAUAGUGACAUUUGGACUUCUUGCUGUUGUAAUAAUAAAAAUUGUUGAGAGCAUUUUAGUAGAGUAAUAUCAAUAUAUUUACAAAUACUGCUUGCUUAUUUGCUACUUGCUAAUUUAAUAUGGAAUCAUUAAGAAAUACACAAAAUAUAUAAGAAUUUCUAUCAUUCUAUUGAAUCACAUCUUAGCACUAUUUUUUAGUCUCUAAAUAUCAGAAUUGGAUGAUUCUUACAAUAAUUUCCUUAAGGGAGCUAAUGUUAUGGGUGCAAACUUCUUAAUGUUUAUUUCAGGAGAGUUUAUUGAUGCAGCUCUCUCAGCAAUAACUAUAGGUUUGAUGAGAAUUAUUUUUGUUUAAGUUCAAACUAAUUAAGUUUAGUUCUCAACCAUAAUUAGUUCAGUGCUUGUUAUCUUUUAUACAAUUCGUUACUUGUAUCAUUAUCAUAAAGCAAUGCGUAAUCAAUACUUAUAUACAUUGAAUGAUUCUCAUUGGUAAAAAAUCUUAAGUUCAAUUGCAUUUAAACAACCAUACGUGGUAUUUUCUUUUAUAGAGGAUACCUUAUAAUUUACUCUGAAAUCAGAAGCUUAAUGUUAAAGAUUUUUUAAUAGAUAAUUUGAUGGAUCGACUUUUAUAAGAGAUUCAGUAUACAAGGGAACUAAAUUAGAGAAUUUCUUAUUUAAACAAAUAUAAAAGUAUCGUGUAGAUAGAGCAUCUGUUUUUAAUAAGACUUUAGUAGUGGAAUACUUAAAAAAAAUGAUAAGAAUUGAAUGCUCUAUUUAUUAUGGAAACAAACCAACAAUACUUCUACUAAUGAGAGAUUUCUUAAAUGAAAAAAAACCUGAUACAUCAAUUUAUGAAUUGAGACAUAGAAAUUUUAUAAGACUUCUUCUUAAAGUCUUAAAUCAUUUAGAUAGAUUAUCUUCAUUUAAAUGUCGUCUAUUGGAAAGAAAACUUUUAAUUUUACAAUUGUUUGAGGAUCUUAGACAUUCGAAGUUACGUGAAACUGAAAUUAACAUCUAUAAUUUGGCACAUAUCUUACACAAUCUAUAUUCUCAUUUGUCAGUUAAGGCUUUUGUCAUUGGAAACAGUAAUUUAAAUACUAUUUCAAAUAUCUUUAUGUUGAUUAUGAUGAUAGUUGCAGAGAAUUCAAAAGGAACAUAUCUUUCUAUUAAUUUAAUAAAUGAAGAAGAUAGUUAGAAAUAGCUUUCCAUGUCAGGUAAUUUUGAAAUAGAAAAGAUAAAAAGAACAUUAUAACAAAUAUAAGAUUACAUUUAAUUGAUUAGUUCAUUUUAGAAAAUAGAAUAGUAUAAAAUUUAGUUCAAUUUAAAUUAGUAAAUAUAUAUACCAUUUUAACUCAAUGAAAUAAAUGCAAGAAGUCUUAAACAUAUUGAUUUAUAAUGA